AUGUCGCGACGCAGUGCUGAAGUAGAGCUGUCCCGGCUGGUGCCUGAUAAUGUACAGCACAGAUGUAACUCCCAAGCUGCCUUACCUGAUGCCAUAGAUGACCUUCCCAAUGUACCCAGCUAUCGAGCACCUCCUCUUUCGCUGAGCUUUAAACAUGGAGUAUUGAACCCAUCUUUUCUAGAGGAUAGUGGCUCUCCAUCCCAUAGAUUAGAUAAAAUGCUCCUCGGUCACCCGUCAGUCAGCAUAGAGGAUGUUGACUCAGGCAGUGUUACAUCAGCAUCAGCACUAGCACCUGAGGGUCCUUUGAAGCCCCCUGUGUCUCCUUAUAAACAAAGAACUCUCACUGUGCCUGGGACAUCUACUUCUACAAAAAGUAGGAAGAAACUUCAGGGAGACAGCAUGGAAGAAAUGUCUGAUGCUGCACCAGAGGAUGAAGAGGUGAUGGAACGGUCAACUUCAGCUGUCAGCCAAAGCAGUGCAGUGAUCACUGAGCGCCUGCAGGAGCUGGUCCGACUCUUCAAGGACAGGACUGAAAGAGUGAAGGAACGCCUGAUAGAUCCUGAAGUAUCCUCAGACGAAGAAAGUCCCUCAGGAUCCCCCUCUAAAAAGGCUGCCGCACCACCUCCUCCUCCGCCACCAGCCCCUGCUGAAGAGAAGGUGGCGGCAGCACCAGUACCUCCUGAGGAUGAACAUUACUGUGAGAUGCUGUGCUGCAAAUUCAAGACUCGCCCAUGGAGUGAGCGCAUCAAGAGAUACAAAUUCCCAUCCAGCAUUGACCCCCUGACCAAUCUAAUGUACGUGUUGUGGCUGUUUUUCGUUGUCAUGGCAUGGAACUGGAACUGUUGGUUGAUACCUGUGCGCUGGGCUUUCCCCUACCAGACCCCCAGUAAUAUCCAUUACUGGUUGCUAAUGGAUUACCUGUGUGACCUCAUCUACCUACUAGAUAUUGCCGUGUUUCAGGUCCGACUAGAGUUUGUACGUGGAGGUGACAUCAUUAUGGAUAAAAAAGAUAUGCGUCAACAUUAUUUUAAGUCAGAACGCUUUAAGAUGGAUUUGAUCUCUCUGCUUCCCUUGGAUCUUCUGUAUUUUAAACUUGGUGUCCGUUCCCUUCUGCGUUUACCUCGCAUUUUAAAGUACAUGGCGUUUUUUGAGUUCAACAAUCGUCUGGAGGCCAUCCUGAGCAAGGCAUACAUCUACAGAGUCAUCAGGACCACAGCGUACCUACUGUACUGCCUGCACAUGAACGCCUGCCUUUAUUACUGGGCCUCAGACUUUGAAGGCUUGAAAUCCACAAAGUGGGUGUACGAUGGAGAAGGCAACAGUUAUAUCCGCUGUUAUUACUGGGCUGUGAAGACUUUGAUCACUAUUGGGGGAUUGCCUGAUCCACAGACACUGUUUGAACUCUGGUUCCAGUUGCUCAAUUACUUUAUGGGUGUGUUUGCUUUUUCUGUCAUGAUUGGUCAGAUGAGAGAUGUUGUGGGUGCAGCAACAGCCGGUCAAACGUAUUACCGCAGUUGUAUGGAUAGCACCAUCAAGUACAUGAACUGCUACAAGAUCCCAAAACCUGUUCAAAACAGAGUAAAGAGGUGGUAUGAAUACACAUGGCAAUCACAAGGAAUGCUGGAUGAAUCAGAACUCAUGGUGCAGCUUCCUGAUAAGAUGAGGUUGGAUCUCGCCAUUGAUGUGAAUUACACCAUUGUGAGCAAAGUGGGUCUUUUCCAGGGAUGUGACCGUCAGAUGAUUUAUGACAUGCUAAAGAGACUGCGUUCAGUCGUUUAUCUGCCAGGAGACUUUGUUUGCAAAAAGGGAGAGAUUGGACGUGAAAUGUACAUCAUUAAAGCCGGUCAGGUGCAGGUCCUGGGAGGACCAGAUGGUCAGACUGUGUUGGUCAGCCUUAAAGCUGGUUCUGUGUUUGGAGAAAUCAGUCUGCUGGCUGUUGGAGGAGGAAAUCGUCGUACAGCAAAUGUCGUGGCUCAUGGAUUUACCAACCUUUUCAUCUUGGAUAAGAAAGAUCUGAGUGAAAUUUUAACCCAUUAUCCAGAGUCUCAGAAACUUCUACGUAGGAAAGCAAAAAAAAUGCUGAAGAAUAGCAACAAACCAAAAGAUGAAGGUCCCACACAGAAAGGAUUUCAGCACAUCAUACCCCCAAGGCCAGAAACGCCAAAACUGCUGAAAGCUGCAGUUGCUGCAACUGAGAAAAUGGGAUUCAAAGGAUUUUCCAAACUAAAACGUCGUCUUAGAGUCAAGAAAGGUGUAGAGCCAUCUAGAACCAGCCCUGUACCUCCUGGAUCCCCUGUUCACCGGCGGUCCCCUGUGCCUUCCAUCAAACCAGAAGAUGAUGCCGCUGAAAUAAUCUCAGAAUCUGCAGACAACACUGUUUGCAUUCGCGUCAGUCCCUCUCCUGGUGGGGAUGAACAGAUCAUGUCUGUAGAAGUGACUGCUCCAGAGGAUGAAAAAAAAUAAAAAAUACCUGAAAGUAUUAAGGUAGGGUUGCCACCUCGGCUAUGUUUGCCUGGACACUUAUGAGUUACACAUGCUGCAGGGUG